CGAGCUUGGGCAAUGAUUUCGGGUGGCAGAUUUGUGGGUUUCAGUCCAUGCUGAGCUAAUUUCAGUCCCCAGUCUCUGUUCCUAAGAAACGCCCAAGUGGGUUCUCGAGUAAUGUAGCUGUGGUGACGAUUGUGUGGAUCGAAGACGGGUUUGCUCGAUCCCUUUGCUUGCAGAACUAAUGGCGGACAUGGGAAUGUAGUGAAAAGGGAGCUAAAUUUCUGUCAUGUAGAUUUUAAUCGAGAAUUCUGCUUCUGAUUUACAUGGGUAACUUUGAAAGCUAGGUCACGGGCUCAAUGAUUCAAAUCUAGCUGAUAGUUUUGUAGGAACUUCCACAGCAGAAAUUUGGGUACCCGGACAUAGUAUUCUUAGGGAGAGUGGAUGCAAAGGUGUGUUUUACCGUUCUUUCAAUAUUAAGUAGACCAACUGCACCACAAAAGAGGGGUUAAUCGUCAUGGCGGAUUGCCAAGAGAAUUCGGAAUCAGGUUCAUACUCUGUGUGGGCUGUAAUUCCACACCAUGACGAAGACUUGCAUUCAAUUAUGACGCUGCUGAGGGAGCAGCAUAAUGGUCCAGUGUUUCCCCCUCAUGUAACUAUUAUGGUCCAGCCUUUCAGUACGCAAGAAGACGCUGUUAACAACCUUAAAGCGCUCUGUGAAUCCACCCCGCCCCUCACGCUCAAGGUUGUGAAAGUGGAUAAAGGAAACUCCUACCACCAGUGCGUUUUCUUGCUUAUGGAUAAGACUGAUGAGGUGGUCAAUACACAUGUACGAGCGUUGCGCUGUUUCAAGCUGAUCAGUGAGGAGAACAGCAUCCAAGAGAUUAGACAAAAGUACAAGCCCCAUUUAAGUCUGCUGUAUAACCGCAUGACAGACGAAGAAGUGGAUGCAUUAUGUGCAAAAGUGGCAGCAGAAUAUGAGAAAGACUUGGUUGGCAAGGAGUUUAAUAUCACCCACCUCACUCUUUACUUCACAGAUGCGAGUGAUGAUUCGUGUGAUUCAUGGGUAAAGGUAGCUGAAUUCCCACUGAAUGGCUGAGUUACCAAAAUGAGAGAUCGAGGUCAUGAGAAUAUAUCACCUUCUUUUAAUUUUGACAUUUCCGAAAAGCUUAUGUAAGGUGGUAGAGGAGUAACGUGGUUUAGGUGAAAUACUUUUAUACAUUUCCGGGAGAAUGGAUUUAGAAGACUUAGGGACUUUUUGCAUGGUUUGGUUAACUUUUGUUAAUAAGGCACAGUCAGUAUUAUAAUUACGACAAUGUGUUUGUUCAUUGUCGAUACUAUCUUUCUUUGCAGAUCCUUGUGGUGUUAACACCACAAGAAUAUGAUUUUAGUGUGAGUAAUUUCAAAUUUUGUUUCAAUUUGAA